GUUUAGAUGAUUCAUUGGGUUCCAUUGGCACUAACAGUAAUGACACAAAUGAUGGAAAUUUUGAAAUGGAAAGCUCUCGUUCCUUCUUUGAAGUGGAUAAAUCCAGCUACUUUGCUGUGAGAGGCAGUGAAUUGGGUAUUUUAUUUUGUUAUGGUUGUUUGCUUCUUUUUGAUUACUGAAAGAUAUGUACGACAACUUGUUUCGUUUUUGUGUCCUGAAAAAACAAAUGGUAAUGGAGAUAGAUCAAGUAUUUUCUUAGUGCUGCAAGAGUUUGAAACAAAACUCAAAUUAGCUUGUAGCUCCCAAGUGAAGCUAUUCAAAAUUUGCAAAACUAUUUUUACAUCCCUAGUGAUCCUGAAGUUCUGCUUUGCACACAAAAAAGGGGGCAAUGGCAGCAUUUUCAAUAUUGUAGUCUUUAUUAAAUAUGUUCUUGAUGUCUGCAGCUGAGUCUCAAUUUGCUAUGAAGGAUCUUGUAUUAAUGUUUUAUCUUGCAUUCUGUGCUUUGAAUGAUAAGGCAGGAAAGGCUGAUGCUGAACUGGAUGUUGAUGCCAGGAGUAAAUGUCAGAUUUGAAUCUUUAGGUCCAAAUGCUAGCCAAAUCAGUUUUUUUUUCUCUUUUUGGGAAGUAUAAUCUCAUUUUUUUCUGACCAUCUAAUGGAAGAAUGUUAAUCUGAUCAUUAGUAAGCCGUGCUUUGAGAAUCCAGAAAAAAGUUCAUAUGUUGGAUUCAUAUCUGAUGACAUUGUAAUAAUGAAGGGUUUGCAGGGAUUUAAAAGCUACUUUCCAAGAAGAGCAUUCUGCAUAUGUUUCUGCUGAAUGAGGUGAAAGAAUAUGUGGAGAAUGAUGUCUGCAUCAAUCUACCCAAUAAUAGGAACUGGUGAUCAGUCAAUGACUUCUAGGGAAACCAUGGAUGAUGAUUCAACCAAAAAAGAUUUUGUCAAAGAAGAGAGUUUUGAAGCAGGCUUGCUGUUAAAAUUGAAUUCAGGCUCUUCAGUUGAACCUAUAACUAUCAGUUCAGAUGGGGAGGAAGAUAUGCCAUUGGGUCCUGGAAGUAGGAAAAGUGAACUGGACAUUGAUCAUGGCAUUUCUUUCCACACGCAUUUGAAAGCAGGAUCUAGAAAGAAGCCUUCAGAGAUUGGUAGAACUGUCUCCGUUAGUGACUUGGAUCAAUCAAUGAUGUCUAGUGAAAACAAUGAUGAUGAUUCAAGCAAUGAAGAUUUUGACAAAGAAAAGAGCUUUGAAUCAGGGUGGCAAGUAAAAUCUAAAGGUUCAACUGAACCCAUAACCAUCAUUUCAGAUGGUGGGGAAGAGAUGCCAUUUAGUCCUGGAAGCUGGGAAAGUGAACUGGAAGUUGAUGCUGGAGUAGAAGAUAGCAGUACUUUCUGGGCAAAUUUGAAAGCAGGAUCUAGAAAGAAGCCUCCAGAGACUACUAGAACUGCUUCCAUUAGUGACUUGGAUCCAUCAAUUACUUCCAGUGAAACUAAUUAUGAUGAUUCAAGUGACAAAGAUUUUGAGGUCUUGUCCAGUGGGAUGGAGGAGUCAAGCGCUUACUUGGAGGAGGUUGAUGAACAAGAACAGGAUGGUAACAUUAACAGCAGUGAUGAAGAAAGCAAUGACCAUUAUGUAAACAGAAAAGAAUUCCCUAAUAAGAAUUGUUAUCAGAUAAGGCUUAGGUCAACUCAGCGGCAUGUGGAGCAAAGACAUGUUUUGAAAGAAGAAAAUGGUGGCAUCGAAACUAAUUUAUACAAUUGUAGAACUGAUAAAGAAAAGUGUAGUGAAGAGAAAAACGCAGAACUGAGGGGGGUAAGAAAGUCCAGUAAUAGAAAACAAGCUACUGUCCAGAAAACAAGCUACUGUCCAGAAAAGUGUAGUGAAGAGAAAAACGCAGAACUGAAUGAUGAUAGCAAAAUCCAUGGCACCAAAAAGGAAGGAUAUAGUGAUGAGAAGGUGGAUGAGAAAAGUGGGGAAAUGGGAGAGCCCAUAAACAGAAAGAGUCCUGUGGCUUCAAAAGGUCAUGGAAUAUUCAGGACUUUUCUUGAUUCUAUUUUGGACAAAAAUAAUGCACUUGAAGAUGAGGUAUCUGAACAAGUUAAGAGUUCGUCUUUGGUGGAGUACACACUUCCUUUGAAGUUUAAAUAUGAGUUUGAGGAACCUGAGCUGGUGGAGAAAUCAGACCUUGAUAAACUGACAGAUGAUUUGUUUGCCGAGAUGGAAUUUGCUCAGAGGUGUGAGGAAAUGGGUUCCUGUCCUCCUGCGGGCUACCUCACCAGCUGCAGGUGGAUUAUCCUGUUAAACCAGGUUGACAAUAUUUGCCCAGAAGCUGGAAGAAAUCAAACCAUUCUUUGCCAUAAAGGGAAGCACAAUUUUGUCCUUGAUGAGGAGAUUGGGAUUAGGUGUAGUAUUUGUUCUUAUGUGGAGCUUGAGAUCAAAUAUGUAAUGCCGUCAUUUGGUAAAAAUUUAUUUGCUUGUGAAACAUCAAAGAGAGAAUACCCGUUUGCACACAAGGAAAUCCCUGUGUUUGAUGGAUUUAAUUUUGAAAGUUCACAUGCUAAUCUACUGGACCCUUGCAAUCAUGUCAGAGGCACAGUUUGGGACAUCAUACCUGGCAUAAAAGAGAGCAUGUAUCCUCACCAAAUAGAGGGUUUUGAGUUCUUAUGGAGGAAUUUAGCGGGAACUACCUACCUCAGUGAAUUGAGAAACACUGAUUCAAAUGGAGUCGGAGGCUGCAUUAUUUCACAUGCCCCUGGAACUGGCAAGAGCCGCUUGACCAUUGUAUUUAUUGAAACAUUUCUGAAUUUAUUUCCGAACUGUCGUCCAAUCAUUAUUGCUCCAGUUGGCAUGCUGUUGACAUGGGAAGAAGAAUUCAGGAAAUGGGAAGUAAAAUUUCCCUUCCACAACCUAAACAAUUUGGAAUUAUCAGGCAAGGAAGAUGAGACGUCUAUUGAAAUACUCUCAAAAAGCCAGUUUCAGAGCAAAGAUGCUGUACGGAUGGUAAAGAUGCAUUCGUGGAGUAACGGAAAAAGCAUACUAGGCAUCAGCUAUCAUUUGUUUAAUAAGCUUGCUGGUGAAAAUUUUGUGAAAGCUGAGGGAAAGAAUAAAUGGUCAAAGCUAGUUAUUGACAAGGAAGAUGAAUUGAUUCGUCAGGAUAAGGAGGGUGAAUUGCUUGGGAAGAUACUACUGGAGUCGCCAGGUCUGGUAUUUCUUGAUGAAGGACACACACCACGUAACCACCGGAGUCGAAUUUGGAAAACUCUCUUGAAACUUAAAACAAAAAGGCGGAUCAUCCUUUCAGGCACCCCUUUCCAAAACAAUUUUGGCGAGCUCUUCAAUACUUUACGUCUAGUAAGACCAGCUGUUGCAGACGUGUUUGCCAAACAAAAAGCAUUUGCAGACAUGAAUCUAUCAGGAGGAAGGGGAUAUUACGGAAAGCAGUUGACAGGACAAGUGUCUUCUGUGUCUGUUUCAAGUGGGAAAGAAGUUGAUGAUGCAAUUAAGAAGCUUAAAGCAACCAUAUCUCCAUUUGUUCAUGUUCACAAAGGUAGCAUUCUUUGGCGCAGUCUUCCUGGCUUGAGAGAGUGUGCAAUUCUUUUAAAUCCACCCCAACUGCAGAUGGAACUUAUUAGAACUUUUCAAGCUCCAGAAAGCACCUUUGAGUUUGAGCAUAAGGUCGCAUUAGUUUCUGCACACCCAUAUUUGCUCCUGCAUUGUAAAGACAGGUCUGUUAUUGAUCGUGAUGCGCUAGAGCUGUACAGGCUUAACCCUGACCUAGGUGUCAAAACAAAGUUUAUAAUGGAACUCGUACGCCUCAGUGUGGCUAUGAAAGAGAAAGUUCUUAUUUUUAGUCAGUAUAUUGACACUCUGGAGUUAAUCAAGGACCAGCUCGAAGCAAUUUUUAAUUGGCAUGAGGGAAAGGAACUUCUGCAAAUACAGGGCUCAGUGGAACAGAAAUAUCGGCAAAAAUUUAUUGGCAUUUUCAAUGACACAAAGAGUGAAGCAAAAGUAAUGUUGGCAUCAACAAAAUGCUGUUCUGAAGGGAUAAGUUUAGUUGGAGCUUCAAGAGUUGUUCUUAUAGAUGUUGUUUGGAAUCCAUCUGUGGAGAGGCAAGCCAUAAGUCGGGCUUAUAGACUCGGCCAAAAGAAGGUUGUUUACACAUAUAACCUUCUCACAUCUGGGACAACAGAGGGGGAGAAAUACUGUAGACAAUCUCAAAAGAACCUUCUAUCUGAGUUGGUUUUCUCCUCCACCAACAAAGAAAGAGAACCAAAUAAUUGUCCUACAACCUUUAGUGAUGUCAUCUUGGAGGAGAUGGUUGCACAUGGAAAGCUCAAAGAUAUGUUUGAGAAGAUCAUUUACCAACCAAAAGAGACAAACUUAGUGGGAAAUUUUAGCUUAGCUACCAAUUGGUAGAUAAUUGUGAAUAUGGGUACUUUUGACAUACAGCCUUUAGGGUUCUAAUCCUUGUUUUUAAGGACCUGGUGCUUUUGCAUAUCUUCAGACAAUUUAGGUGAUCUCAAAAUAAUAUAGGUACUCUUGACAUACAGCAUUAUUGGGCUGUAACCCUUGUUCUUUGACCUUUACAGAACUCAAGAAAGUGAUCAGAACUGAAUUGAUUUUGUUUUUGCCGUUCAUAUGGAAUGGGUUUAAGUCUGUGCAAUUAUUACUCAGAAAGACAAAAUGUGAUUGCUACUGCAACAUCCUGAAGGAUAACUGAUAACACUAGGAUAUCUGCACUUC